GGGGAGAGGGCACUUUCCUCCUCUAAAACCGACCGGCCGAAGCCGCCGGUGCGCUGAAGCCGCUGCCCCGGACAAACGGGCGGAGGAGGACUUUGAUGGGGAAACGCUUUUUCUCCCCUGAUGCAUCGUAAGUAACUUAAGUUGAUAUUUAUACUCCGCAAACAAACACGACAGUAUAACAUCUCCCGUCUCUGGAGCGCUGGAGGCCGCGGCGAGGGAUGAGAUCUGCCUUUCCCCAUUCGAGCAGGACACUUUUUCGCUCGUAAUUAAUUUUAUUUGAUUUUGAUUUUUUAAUUUUUCCAUGCUCCGCUCCCGAAGGGUCAUUUGAACUGUAAAGAAAUCGCCGAGGGGGCGAGGGAACCUGGAGAGAGAGGCUAUCCAAACAACUCCGCCGAGGCUCCUCCGCCCCCUCCAAGAUGAUGCUUAGCCCGGACCAAGCUGCCGACUCCGACCACCCCUCCUCGGCGCCCUCCGACCCGGAGUCCCUGGGCGGCGCGGACGCCCAGGCGCUCAGCUGCUGCGUCUCCGACCCGGAGCCCGCCGAGGGCGGCGGCGGCGAGGGCCGGGGCGGCGGCGGCGGCGGCGGGGAGGGCCGCGGCGGGGUCCGGCCCGGGCUGCACCCGCCGCCGCUGAGCCGGGAGGAGAAGCGCCGGCGGCGCCGCGCCACGGCCAAGUACCGCUCGGCGCACGCCACGCGUGAGCGGAUCCGCGUGGAGGCCUUCAACCUGGCCUUCGCCGAGCUGCGCAAGCUGCUGCCCACCCUGCCCCCCGACAAGAAGCUCUCCAAGAUCGAGAUCCUGCGCCUCGCCAUCUGCUACAUCUCCUAUCUCAACCACGUGCUGGACGUGUAG